CCCUGACACCAACAAUAAUCGACGACAAACUAUUUCGACAAAUUCUCGACGUGUCAGCGGAAUUGAGCUUUGCUAUUACUUGAUAGUACAUACAGGAGAAUAGCUCGAUUUUCCCUCAGCAAGCGUUAUAACGCGCUUCGUACGCGACCAACACCUGACGACAACAAAUUGUAUUUGCACAAUUCACAUCCAAGAUGUCCGAAUCACCUGUUAGACCUUCGCGGAGGGUUGCUUCUCGUAGGAAGGUAGUUGUAGACUCAGAUGAAGAGGAGGAACAAACGCAGACCAAGGCCGAAGAAGACAGCGGAGAAGACUUCACUCCAGCCCCUAAGAAGAGCCCACGAAAAGCACCAGCAGCAAGGCGGAAAACUACGAAUUCUGUUGCAGCUACACCGCGAACUGGAGGCCGGGUGAGGAAGAGUACAGCGAAGGAGAACAUCGAGCCCUCGGAGAUGUUCGACCCGGAGCAAACCAUGCAACCAGAACCAGAGUCACCAACUAAGAGAGCUUCACCAAGGAAGAGGAAGAGUGCUCCGGUAAGAGCAUCUCGUGCUUCUGGUACACCUGAUCUUCCUCCACCGUUACCGACUCCUCAAGCAUCCAUUUCACCAGAACCUUCUGAGCUGCAUGGAACACCUCUUGCAGAUAUUACCUUGACAAUCAAUGAGCGGCCAGGCACUUCCAGCAGCCAAGGCUCCCAAGGCUCUGUCGUGAAGCCGAUCAAUGCUAUGGACACCAUUCUGGAGAAGCCAAUGGAUAUUGUUCUGAAAUCAAGAUCAAUGGCAGCGCCUGUGGUUGAAGACACAGGACCAAAAGCUCGGACUGUCAUCACAUACUUGAUUCUUACCAAUUUCAAAAGUUAUGCUGGACGCCAGGAAGUUGGCCCCUUUCACGCCUCUUUCUCUUCCGUAGUUGGACCCAAUGGUUCUGGAAAGUCCAAUGUGAUCGAUUCUCUUCUGUUUGUUUUCGGAUUCAGGGCUAGCAAGAUGAGGCAAGGAAAGAUAUCUGCAUUGAUUCACAAUUCUGCCACUCAUCCAGACUUGGAUUUCUGCGAGGUAGCAGUACAUUUCCAGGAAGUUAUGGAUCAGCCAAACGGACCUCCUGCAGUCCUUCCGAAUUCGGAUCUUGUAAUAUCCCGACGUGCUUUCAAGAAUAAUUCCAGCAAAUACUACUUGAACGGAAAGGAAUCAAAUUUCACAGUCGUCACUACGCUUCUAAGAGACCGCGGUGUUGAUCUCGACCACAAGCGAUUCCUGAUUCUUCAAGGUGAGGUCGAGUCAAUUGCUCAGAUGAAACCUAAGGCUGCUGGUGAACAAGAUGAUGGCUUAUUGGAGUAUCUGGAAGAUAUCAUCGGCACAUCAAAAUACAAGACGCCUAUCGAAGAAUCCGCGACAGAGGUCGAGACACUCAACGAAGUUUGUGUCGAGAAGAGCGGGCGUGUGCAACACGUAGAGAAGGAGAAGAAUGGUCUUGAAGACAAGAAGAACAAAGCCUUGGCAUAUAUCAAGGACGAGAAUGAAUUGACCGUCAAGCAAUCGGCACUUUAUCAACUCUACAUCGACGACUGCGGCGACAAUAUCACCGUCACUGAGGAAGCCAUCGGCCAAAUGCAAGCUCAGCUUGAUGCGGAGCUAGAGAAGCACCAGGGCAACGAAGACGGCAUCAAGCAAUUGGACAAGCAAUACAAGAAGGGCCAGAAGGAGUACGAAGCGCUCGACAAGGAUACUCAGUCCAUUCUCAAAGAAAUGGCCAAGUUCGAGCAGGAGCAUGUAAAGUUUGAGGAGAAGCGGAAAUUUCUCACAUCAAAACAAAAGAAGCUGGAAAAGACAAUCAGCAGCUCUGAGACAGCUGCUACUGAGGCUCUGUCGACCAUUGAGGAAUGUACAGUCGAGAUACAAAAGUCAGCUGAAGAAAUUGCUGCCAUGGAGAAGCGUAUGAAUGCAGAGGAGAAAGAGCUUGUCUCCAUCCGAGAGAACCUUAAAGGCAAAACACAGGCAUUCUCUGACCAGAUUGCUGCAAAACAGAAGUCGCUGGAACCUUGGAACGAAAAGAUCAACCAAAAGCAGUCGGCCAUCGCCGUUGCUGAGAGUGAGCUUGCCAUCUUGCACGAAAAGGCAAAUGCUGGAGCAGUAGCAUUAGAAGAGACAGAAGCCAAACUCGUCAGCAUUCAAGAAGGGCGAGAGGCCAAACUUCAAGAACUUGAGAAAUGCAAAGCCGAAAGGGUAAAACUGGAGAAAGAGGCGGCAAAGGUUGAAGCGGAACUCAAUCGAUUGUCUAAGAAGGAACCCGAGCUUCGGUCCCGACUUUCUGGAGCUCGACAGAAGGCCGAUGAAGCACGUGCCAGCCUCGCAAAUACCCAGACACAAGGCAAUGUACUUACAGGACUUAUGCGCCUCAAGGAAUCUGGCCGAAUUGAUGGGUUCCAUGGCAGGCUCGGCAAUCUUGGUACGAUCGACCAGAAGUACGAUGUAGCCGUUUCAACUGCAUGCGGUGCGCUGGACAACUUCGUUACCGAUACUGUUGAGGGUGGACAGCAGUGUAUUGAAUACCUACGAAAGACCAAUCUUGGUAGAGGAAACUUCAUGUGUCUUGAUAAGCUUGGAAGCAAAGAUCUUUCACCUAUCGAGACUCCCGAGAAUGUCCCUCGCCUCUUUGAUCUGAUCAAGGCCAAGGAUGAGAAGUUCAGACCUGCAUUUUAUCACUCCCUGCAGAAUACUCUUGUUGCUACAGAUCUAGCUCAAGCCAACCGCAUUGCUUAUGGAGCAAGAAGGUGGAGAGUUGUCACUCUCGAUGGCCAGCUAAUUGAUAAGUCAGGUACAAUGACUGGAGGUGGCAACACUGUGAAGAAAGGGUUGAUGUCCUCCAAGCUUGUCGCAGACACUUCCAAAGAGCAAGUGGCGAAGCUUGAAGUGGACCGAGACUCACUAGAGCAAGACUUCCAAAAGUUCCAAGAACGUCAAAGAGAGUUGGAGUUUUCCCUCCGCGACCUCAAAGACCAGAUACCUCGCCUUGAUACGAAAAUGCAAAAGAUUGGUCUGGAAGUCGAGAGUUCUGCACGUAAUUUGGCAGACGCUCAGCGACGUAUUAAGGAAUUGAGCAAAGAGCAUCAGCCUUCGAAGACUGAUGACAGCCGAGUGGCAUCUCUUGAAAAGGAGAUUUCGAAGCUCAACAAGGAGAUUGACAAGCUUCACGGCGAGACCGCCAGCGUUGAGCAAGAGAUCAAGGCUCUGCAAGAUAAAAUCAUGGAAGUCGGUGGCGAGAGACUUCGUGCCCAGAAAUCCAAGGUCGAUGCUUUGAAGGAAGAGAUUGGCAAUGUCAACGAGGCUAUCUCGACAGCUGAAGUGACCAGAGCUAAGGCUGAAAAACAAAAGACAAAGCAAGAGAAAGACCAUGCGAAGGCUACGAAAGAGUUGCAGGCAGCCAUUUCGGAUCUCGAAUCAUUGGAAGAGGAUAUCAAAAAUCAGAGCUCGAAUGCCGAGGGUUACCAAGCUAGGAUUGACGAAGCCCAAGAAGCCCUCAAGGCCAAGAAAACAGACUUGAAUGCUCUCAAGGGCGAGCUUGAUGACAAGACCGCAGCUCUCAAUGAGAUUCGUGCUAUUGAGAUUGAGAUGCGCAACAAGCUUGAGGAGAAUCAAAAGGUGCUCGUAGAGAACCAGAAGCGACUAAAGUACUGGCACGAGAAGCUGGGCAAGCUUGCCCUUCAGAACAUCAGCGAUCUUGGUGAAGAGACCGAGGCUCAAGAUCUCCCAACGUAUACCAAGGAUGAGCUGGCAGACAUGAGCAAGGACACACUAAAGAGUGAAAUUGCUGCACUUGAAGAGAAGACCCAGAAUGUCAACGUUGAGCUUGGCGUCUUGGCUGAGUACCGUCGCCGUGUCGAAGAGCACGCGGCGAGAAAUGCAGAUCUUCAAAGUGCUGUCUCUCAGCGCGAUGCGGCAAAGAAGAGAUGCGACGAUCUGCGACGACUACGUCUCGAAGGGUUUAUGGAAGGGUUUAGUACUAUUUCUCUUCGUCUCAAGGAGAUGUACCAGAUGAUUACCAUGGGAGGAAACGCCGAGCUUGAGCUUGUCGACUCGUUAGAUCCUUUCUCGGAAGGCAUACUCUUCAGUGUCAUGCCACCGAAGAAGUCGUGGAAAAACAUUUCCAAUCUGUCUGGUGGUGAGAAGACAUUGAGUAGUUUAGCAUUGGUUUUCGCUCUCCAUCACUACAAGCCGACCCCACUGUAUGUUAUGGAUGAGAUUGAUGCAGCUUUGGAUUUCAGAAACGUGUCGAUCGUGGCAAGUUAUAUCAAAGAGCGAACCAAGAACGCUCAAUUCAUUGUCAUCUCGCUUCGAAACAAUAUGUUUGAGCUGGCAUCUCGCCUUGUUGGAGUUUACAAAGUAAAUCACAUGACGAAGAGUGUGACGAUCGAGAACAGGGAUUAUAUCCAUGGGACGGCAUAAUGAAGGAACGAAUGGUACAUGAGGUGGGAACGGGAUAGGACAUGUCGUGUAACGCGGAGGGAGCCGUUUCUGGACGGGAGGGUCUUUACUUUUUGAGGCGUUUGGGUUGCAUGUCUGUGUAACAUAUCACGAGAAUUAAUGACUUUUAUGUUUUCAGCCCUCUCCCUACACCGAGAUGAUCGAC